GAGGCACCAGAUCUGCAAGUUCUGAUGUCUUUAAAAGGAUCAGCCUGGGCAGUAAGGCCCAUUUGGGAGCUGCGACAUUCACGUGGACUCUAGUGAAAGUCCAACAGCCAAACCUCUUUCGGCCUCCAACUGGACACCAUGAGGGCCUGUGUCCCCCUGAUAGUGGCCAUGCUCUGCGGCCUGGCCUGGGCUGGCAAAACGGAGUCAUGCGCAUCUCGCUGUAAUGAGAAAUUUGACCGGGAUGCUGCUUGCCAGUGUGACCGCCGGUGUCCCCAGCACGGGAACUGCUGUGAAGACUACGAGCGCCUGUGUAUGGCUGAUGAGGACCUCAACGAGCCAGAGCCAUUCCUGGAGCUGGAGGAAGAGACGGAGGGGGCCCCGUCUAGCAACUUGUACUCGGCACCCAACUCCUGCCAGGGCCGCUGCCUGGAAGCCUUCGACAAGCACCAUCCGUGCCACUGCAAUGCCCGCUGCCCAGAGUUUGGAAACUGCUGCGAGGAUUUCGAGAGCCUGUGUGGCCAUGAGGGCUUCUCCCACAGCAGCGAUGCCAUCACCAAGGGGGAACUGCAGAGCAUCUCUGAGAAGAUCUACAGGGCAGACACCAACAAAGCCCAGAAGGAAGACAUCGUUCUCAAUAGCCAAAACCGCAUUUCACCCUCGGAGACUGCAGACCAAGUGGAUCACUGCCCAGAGCCGCUCUUCACAUAUGUCAAUAAGAAGCUCUUCUCCAAGCCCACCUAUGCCGCCUUCAUCAACCUCCUCAACAACUACCAGCGGGCCACGGGCCAUGGGGAGCACUUCACAGCCGAGCAGCUGGCUGAGCAGGACACCUUCCUCCAAGAGGUCAUGAAGACAGCGGUCAUGAAGGAACUCUACAGCUUCCUCCACCAGCAGAACCGCUACAGCUCGAAACAGGAGUUUGUCAAGGACCUGAAAAACAUGUGGUUUGGGCUGUAUUCAAGAGGCAAGGAAGAGGGGGACUCAAGUGGCUUUGAACACGUCUUCUCAGGUGAAGUCAAAAAAGGCAAGGUCACUGGCUUCCAUAACUGGAUUCGCUUCUACAUGCAGGAGAAGGAGGGCCUGGUAGACUAUUACAGUCACAUCUAUGAUGGGCCUUGGGAUUCUUAUCCCGAUGUGCUGGCCAUGCAGUUCAACUGGGAUGGCUACUACAAGCAAGUGGGCUCAGCUUUCAUCGGCAGCAGCCCUGAAUUUGAGUUUGCGCUCUACUCCCUUUGCUUCAUCGCCAGGCCAGGCAAAGUGUGCCAGUUAAGCCUGGGUGGACAUCCCUUGGCCAUCCAGACCUAUACCUGGAACAAGUCAACCUACGGAAAUGGCAAGAAGUACAUCGCCACAGCCUACGUGGUGUCUUCCACCCAUUAGAGCUUUGAGCUAGAAAGGGGCAUGAGGGCAGUGAGAGCUCCUGUAGGACUGAGGUGCUAUUUGCUCUGUGCUGGAGGGGGAGGGAAUGGAGGAGACUGGGAGGAAUUCCCCAAUCCGGAAAUGCCCAUAUGAGAAAGAGAGAAAAGAUACAAAUUAGGGAAACAGUCAAAUCUUUGUCUUCGAGCAUUUUGGAAACAGAAGGUGGGAUCCUCAAUAGCUCUUUGACUUAAUGGGAAGUGGAACUGUGAAUAAGUCCUUGACCUCUCCAGGCCUCAUGUUUCCUUUUAAUGCAGAGGGAAGGGGUCUGCCUGAUUUCCUUUCUUGGGGGUUGGUAAGAAGGCAAAUCUGAUGAUAUUCUUACUGUGAAGAUGUUCUCAACAGUUCUUAGGAAGAACAGUUGAUAGAAAUUCAAGAUUAUCCUAAUGGCUGUAUUGUACACAGCUCUGCAAACUCUAAUCACCCCUAUACUGGGGCCUCAAAUCAGGCCAUGGAGAUCGGGGUGGGUAUUUGACCUUUCCUAGGGUUAGAUCCUCUCAGAACAGGGUCUGCAAAAGGGUAAUGAGAGUCUGAGAGGGUCUGCUGAUGCAGUGAGUAGCCUGGAAAGAGAGUGGACUCCUCCAGGCCUGAUACUUUUGUAGUCAGCUAGGUAACUGCAUCAAGAAGCUUCCUAUGUGUAGAUAUUUAGUGCAGUUACAGAGCUCAUUUUGAUCCCAAAGAGUUUGUAGAAGAGUUCCCCUCAUAGGAGGAAGAUUUUGCAUCAGAAGAAGAAAGGAACCUAUAACUUGGUGUCACUAACAUAAUUAUUUUAAGUCUAAUUUAGCAGCCAUAAUUUGCAUAAGCUCUUAGAAUGGAAGACAGGGAGACUGGGGCUCCAUAUUUCAACCUCAGUUAUGCAUUUGUCCCCUAAUCACAUUGGGAACCAGAUGCUGUCCCACAGAGUGAGGCUUGAACUAUGCUUUAGAGUCUUGAGUCUCCAAUUAAAGACAUUUAAGAAAACUUGAAA